GCCUCUGAGGAAACACUGCACUCCAGUCAUGAAGAGGAAGACCCUUUGAAAGAAAUGGAACCCUAUCUUGUAAGGAGACUUUCUUGCCGCAACAUCCAGCUUCCCCCUCUCGCCUUCAGACAGUUGGAACAAGCAGACUUGAAGAGUGAAUCAGAGAACCUUCAAAGGCCAACCACCCUCCCCUUGAAGAUUCUACCCCUGAUUGCUAUCACUUCCGCCGACUCCAGUGGGUGA